GGAGUAUUACUAUUUUGUGGCACAAGGUUGCGCGUGUGUAUAGUAAAAUUUUUCCGAUGUAGUCGUUUCCUUUUCCGCUUGGCUCUACGAAAGAACCAAAAUGGUACAACGCUUAACCUAUCGACGUCGAUUGUCAUAUAAUACAAAAAGUAACAGGAGACGCGUUGUUCGCACUCCUGGUGGAAAAUUAGUAUAUCAAUAUCUUAAAAAACCGAAAAAGAUUCCAAGAUGUGGUCAAUGCAAAGAUAAAUUAAGAGGUAUUCAACCAGCUAGACCCAUGGAAAGAUCACGAAUGUGCAGACGCAAAAAAACUGUAAAACGAGUAUAUGGCGGUGUUCUCUGUCACAAAUGCGUCAAAGAAAGGAUCGUUCGCGCUUUUCUUAUCGAGGAACAAAAAAUUGUUAUAAAGGUGAUGAAAACUCAUGCGUUCGCAAAAUUGAAGAAAACAGAAAAAUAAUAAUUUCGUUUUUAUUAAUUAAAUAAAAUAUAUUUAAAAGUACAAAAAA